UUUUGUAACAUUUUUCUCUUCCAUUUAAGCCAACCACGCUUGGGAAAAACCCUGGACCUAGUUGUCAAGUCGUCCGUGGAUAUACCCUAUUUGGUGUACACAAUUAUGGGUCAUUCGAAUAUCAUUCAUGCCGAUCGAAUUGAAUUGCCAGCCGGUCAACGCAGCUACACCAUUCAGCUGACACCGUCCAUUGAAAUGGUGCCCUACGCCUUUGUCUAUGUUCACUACAUCCGCGAUGGAGUUUUGCGCUAUGAAGAAAUAAAGCUGACAUUUCCCUUGGAGUUUGAAAAUCUGGUUGCAGUCCGGGCACCCAAACAAGUCAAGCCCGGCCAAGAAGUCACUUUGGAAUUGAAAGCUCAGCCCAAGUCGCUUGUCGGCAUACUGGCCGUUGAUUUGGGCGUGUAUCUAUUGGAUCCAUCGUAUGACCUCCAACGUGAUGAUAUUUUGAAAUCAUUAAUGGAUGAUGUUUCGUCGGUGCCCUUCCGAGCUCUGGUCUAUCCGGGCCUACUAUCGGGUGUUAUUACCUUCACAAAUGCCCAUUAUGAAUAUGUACCUCUAACUUCUCACACUGCAGUCAGCCCCGUCGGCGUUAGUCCUCUCAAAUUUCGGCAAAAGUUUCCCGAAACCUGGAUUUUUCAAAAUUAUGAAAUUACCGACGACAUAACCAACUUAAAAUUGGAAAUUCCCGAAACCAUUACCACCUGGCGUAUAACGGCAUUUUCGAUAAAUGAACAGACCGGCUUCGGCAUUGUUGAUGGCCCAACAGAUGUAACAACCAUCCAACCGUUCUUCAUAAGUCUCGAUCUGCCGUAUGCGGUGAAACGUGGUGAAAUUGUUGCCAUACCGGUGCUGGUGCACAACUAUCUUGCCACGGAAGUUGACUCAGAAAUUACCCUUUUCAAUGAUGCCGGAGAAUUCUAUUUUAUGGAUUCAACAAUUUUCAAUGCCAAACGUGGUUCCGAGGCUGAGAAACGGAUGAAGAGUCUUAAGGUGCCUGCCAAUAGUGUUGAAAGUACGGUAUUCCUGAUAAAUCCCAAACAAGUUGGAGAGUUGAGUUUACGUGUGGCCGCGAAAAAUCCUCUUGCCGAGGAUGGUGUCAUACAAAAGCUGCGCGUUGAGCCCGAGGGAAUGAUUCGGCGUCACAAUAAGCCGUUGUACAUCAAUGCUUUUCCCGGUGAGAAAACUCAUGCAACAAUCCACAUAAGCGUUCCCCACGAUGCGGUGCCCCAGUCUGAGUUCAUAUCGCUCUCGGUGAGCGGCAGCAAUUUGGCUCCAACUCUAAAGAAUCUCAACGCUUUGGUGCUCAUGCCCACCGGAUGUGGCGAACAGAAUAUGGUGAAUUUUGCUCCGAAUGUUUUGGUCCUACAAUAUCUAAGGGCCACAGGGAAAUAUUUCAAAGAGAAGCAGUUGGUGACAAAGGCGAGAGGCUACAUUGAAAUUGGCUAUCAGCAGCAGCUGUCAUUUCGUCAUGCCAAUGGUGGUUACAGUGUCUUCGGCCAGGAGAAUGACGAAGAGCCGAGUACAUGGCUAACAGCUUAUGUUUUGCGAUUUUUCAUCAAGGCUACCAAAUAUUUGCCAAUGAUGGAGGCCAAUAUCAUUGAAAAGGGGUUGAUGUAUUUGGCUGGCGCCCAACGUAUGGAUGGCAGUUUUCCCUAUACCGGUUAUCUUUUCUAUCCGGCGCAACAGAAUCGUUUCGGAUUUACGGCCUUUGUUUUGAUGACAUUCCUGGAGGAUAAGAAAUUUGUCCAAAAAUAUAAGUCGAACAUUGAUAGAGGUCUAAAAUUCCUCCACGAUAAUUUGGAUGCCAAUAAUGAUAUUUACUCCCUUGCCAUAACCGCUGUGGCAAUGCAAAUGGCUCAACAUGCCGGCUCUGCAAAGGUCCUGGAAAAACUUCUACCACGGAAACAGAGAACCGACGAAUACAUAUGGUGGUCACAAAGUGAUCGGGAUCAUGCCAAAGAUGUUGAGAUUACUGCCUAUGUUCUAAUGGCACUGAUGUCCGAAAAGCAAAGCCGUAAUGCUCGGGAGGAGCAGCGCAUCUUCAAAUGGCUCACGGAACAGCGCAAUGAACGUGGUGGUUUCAAGUCCACACAUGAUACUGUGGUGGGCUUAGAGGCAUUGGUGAAAUUUUCCGAGAAAUAUAAUUCCUUGGAUUCGCUGAAUUUGCAUGUGAAAUAUUUUGCCACAGAUUUACGAAAGCAGAAAUUGAAAAGUGGAGAAUUACAGGUGGAUGGCAAUAAUUUGCUGAUCUUACAAACCGAGGAGUUCCCCAAGUCAACCCGCUGCAUUGACAUUGAGGCCAUGGGCUCGGGCAAUGCCUUGUUGGAGUUAUACUAUCACUAUUACACCAUUUCCGAGGAAAACUUCAAACAUUUCCUCAUCAAACCCAAGGCGAAAAUGCAGAAUCCCGAAGAAUUACUUUUGGAAAUAUGUUUGACAUAUCGUCAAGAGGCGAAUUCCAUGACUAGUGCAACAAACAUGAUCAUCGUGGAGGCAAAUUUACCCUCUGGUUUUGCCACCAAUCAAGAGUAUGGCAAUGAAUUGCUGGACAAUGAACUGAUCGAUCGCAUCGAAUUGAAAAAUUCCGAUACCACGCUGGUUAUGUAUUUUGAAAAGUUAUCACCAAAUGUUGAUAAUUGUUUCAGCUUUGUGGCUGACAAGCUCAACGAUGUGCUGCAGCGUAAGCCGGCCUCUGUGGCGGUCUAUGAUUAUUACAAUAUAAGUCGUCACGAUACGGCGUUCUAUAGUAUUUGAAAUAUGUACAAUAAAGUUUGUAAUAAAUAGAAAUGUGAAAUAUAUGUGUACAUAUAUAUUUUGCAAGAGAUAAGCAGAAA